UUUUACUCAAGAGGCACGGACGCAGCACUCGACGUUUCAGCAUCAAGAGACCCCUCAGCACCACUGCAUCACUGCUCUCGUCAGACGUACGACCAUGGAUGAGAAGUCCCGCCGUCCUGAAGACACGCCGUUCAAGCAGCAAAAGCUCAAGGCAUGGCAGCCCAUCCUCACGCCCAACUGGGUCAUUGGCACGUUCUUUGUCGUGGGGUUGAUUUUCAUUCCCAUCGGCAUCAUCUUGCGCCUUGAGUCCGACAACGUCGUGGAAUACUCGAUCCAGUACGACGGCGACGGCAAGUUGGACUCUAGUACCCAAGACCCGGUCGUGUCCAUCCGAAGCGUGGGCGGCACCCCUGGCGCGUGCGCACUCGGCGAUGGCGACGGGAACACGUUCGACCUGAAUCGCCACGGAUGCCUGCUGUCGUUCAAAUUGGACAAGGACAUGAAGGCGCCGACGUUCGUGUACUACCAGCUCGACAACUUUUACCAGAACCACCGCCGGUACGUCGCAUCUCGCAGCGACGAGCAACUGCGCGGGAACCAGCCGAGCACCCGAUCCGACUGCGACCCCAUGCAAAUGAGCCCAGACAACACCGUCAAGUACGCCGACCUGAACGACAACGUCGGCACCAACGGCACGUGGAAUUUGAAUCCAUGCGGGCUUAUCGCCAACAGUUUGUUCAAUGACAUUUUCUGGAUCAACAGCGUGACCACGCCGACGGGCGUGCGGUACACGCAGACGGACACAUACCCGGGUACGUCGCUGGAGGUGGUGAACCUCAUGAGCCAGAGCGGCAUCGCGUGGAAGAGCGACAUCGCGUCCAAGUUCGACAACAUCAAAGACACGGACCGCCGCGCCGACGAAAUGUAUCUGUGGCAGAACCCCAACUACCGCAACAUCAUCCCGAAAGGUCCGGGGCUGCCGCGCGUGCUCAAUAAGACGGCGUGGACGUCGGACACGACCGCCAACUUUGGCGUCAAGAGCGAGCACUUUAUCGUGUGGAUGCGCACGGCGGGGCUGCCCAAUUUUCGCAAACUGUACGGCCGCAUCGACACGGACUUGCCGGCAGGGUCGACCCUCGAGUUCCUCGUGUCCAGCAACUUUGUCGUGUCGGCGUUUGAAGGGAAAAAGUCGCUGGUGCUGUCGACGACGUCAUGGUUUGGCGGACGCAAUCCGUUCCUGGGAGUCGCGUACAUCACGGUGGGGUCGCUCUGCAUGGUGCUGUCCAUCCUGUUCUUUGCCAAGCAUAAACUGUCGCCGCGGAAGCUUGGCGAUACGCGCUAUCUUGUGUGGAAAAACAACCAGUGAGAGAGGAGAUGACGUGGAUACAUACAAUAUAUAUAUAUAUCCUUUGCAGUCUACAUACA